GCACAACCUCUCCAUGAACAAGGUACGCGAUCACGCAUCCAUCCACCCUGCCCUAAUCUCUCACAUCUCCCGACCGUACCAAAGACAUGAACAUUCUGCUAAGCCCACUACUCUCCAGGCCUUCGAGCGCGUCGUCGCAGACCCCACCAACCGCCACCAAGAAAAGCACUGCUGGCGUCUAGCAAGCAAAGCCCUCGCACCCAACAGCCUGCUGCCCACAACCCACUACCGCGAAGCCCCCAAGCACGCCAAAUCGAGCGCAGCGAAGCGCAGAGGCGACCAGCAGCCCGCCGUCGCGCGCCAAAUUUCCGGUGCCAAAGGCGGGAAAGUGACGCGGCGCCUGCGCCUGCAGCAGCAGCAGCAGCAGGCUGCGAGAUCCGCUGUGCCGUCUGUCAGCGGCGAGGAGAUGGGUGGCCGUCAGCAGAUGCCUCUGCCGGAGUUCUCCCCGGAUGGUCGUGGGUACGGGAUGCGGACGCCGUACUGGGAUCACGUCGCAUCACAGGCGCAGCCGUGGGGGAUGACCACGCCUUAUCCCACGCCAUCGAUGGGUGCUCAGCACAUGGAGCACAAUCCCUGGUUCAGCGUGAUGCCAUCGCACAUGAGAGGCGUUGCGGCGCGAGCACAUGCUGCCGCGGGGUCAUUGAUGGGCUUCGCUGGGGAGCAUGAGUCAGCUGCGAGUUCGGAGCAUGUCGAUUCGGACACGGAUCUUUUCUCGCGGCUUCAGGAGUUCAACACGGACUCGUUCAAUUGAGUGGGUUUGAGCGUGUGGUUUGAAAUUGCAUGGUCAUGCUGCUGCUGGGUGGUCUACGCAUGGAGACUGGCGGGUCGGGUUUGAGGGGAUUGGUACUGUGUACGAGCGUCAUGUGACGGGAGAUGAGAGUGAGGGACUUCUGCUUGAGGUGUCUGGAAUUCCUGUUGAUAGGGGCGAUUGUGUCGGAGCUCUGCCUACAAUGGAUGGACGGGAGAUGCCGAUGAUGCCGAGGAGAGCGAUUGCGUACAGAUGGCCGGCUGUGAAGACUCCGCGGAGCAGUGUCAUUGUAGAUCGACCUUCAUCACUUCGUACAGUGCUUGUGCAAAUAGAACGAGAACAGUACAAACUGUACAGCUAGAUGAGUAUCGUUGAUCUCCAACAACCAGAGGAGCUGCACGGUAUCAUUUGUCUCUU